UAACACAGGUGCUUGAAUGUUUGCUAGCACAAAGAACACUUUGUUUAAGCGAUUAGCCAGACUUUUUUACCUGACAGCCGGGUUUCAACGAAACACAAACACUGGCAUAUACAACAUUGUUCUCAGAUCUAACCAAGGGCAAUUGCAGUGGAUUAUCUCCAUUGUUGCCAUCUGGAGUUCAAGUAAACCUGGGACAUGGGGUGCUGCCUCAUGUUCGUGCUACGGUGAAACCUCCAACUAGAAGAUGCCGAUCAUCUAUUCAUGCUAACUGCAAUGUGUCAGGCCACACACUGUCCUGCUGCCUGAGGAAUAUCACAGCCAAAUCGAUCAUAAAAGCUCCGAUACAGUUCAGAGGAAGUGGGAAUCACAGGGGAGGAGACAGAGGAGGGCUGUAUAUAAGGAACAGAAGCCUUGUGGCUCACAGAUGAACCUGAGUGAGCAUCCAGAGCAUAACAGGGAAUCCCAGAGGAUAACAACCAAACUACCUAACCUGCAAGAUCCUUUUCUGUCUGGGCUGCAAUGGAGACAGAGAAGAUAGCUGCUCAGCAGAUGACCGACAGGGAUCUGUCAGAACAAAUCAAACAGGCGACAAAGAAGAGUCAUGAAAGGGCAGAAAACACGGAGCUGAUGCUGAGUUUUCAGAGAGGAAAAGUCACCCUACCACAGUACAAGCUCCUCCUGUGCUCACUCUACGAGGUCUACCAGGCCUUGGAGGAAGAGCUGGACAGGAACUCCAACCACCCUGGUGUUGCACCCAUUUACUUCCCUGCAGAACUCGCCAGACUUGCAACCCUCGAGAAAGACCUAGAGUUUUUCUAUGGCCUAAACUGGAGAGAGAAAAUUGUAGUCCCUGCAGCCACUAAAAGAUACUGCCACAGACUCAGACAGAUUGGCAGAGAAAACCCUGAGUUUUUGAUCGCCCAUGCUUACACCCGCUACCUUGGUGACCUCUCUGGAGGGCAGGUCCUUGGUCGGAUUGCCCAGAAGUCCCUGGGGCUUAAGAGCAGCGAUGGUCUGUCAUUUUUUGCCUUCCCUGGUGUGUCCAGCCCAAACCUCUUCAAACAGCUGUACCGCAGCAGGAUGAACAGUGUGGAGCUGACAGAGGAGGAGAGGAAUGGAGUACUGGAGGAGGCCAUCAGAGCUUUCGAGCUGAACAUUCAGGUCUUUGAUGACUUACAAAGGAUGCUGAGCAUCUCUGAAAACAAUCAGCCGAAAUAUUCAACACAAUCAUCGCCUGUGAACACACUGCAGAUCUCCAGCAGUCUUAUCAAGGCCAGUCCACUCUUCAGGAUGGUGCUGGGACUUUUUGUGGCUUUUGCAACAGUCAGUAUGGGCAUCUAUGCGUUUUAGAGGAAAUUAAAAGCAAGAAAAACUCUGUAUUGAUCUGUUGCUGUUUCGUUUUUUAAACAUUUGCUUUGGUACUGUAAAAUUAAAGAAAACCCAGACUUGGUUAAACUGUUUGUAAGAUUUUUUUUUAAUCUGUAAAUAAGAAAUGACUGCAUUUAUUUUUUAAUUCAACUGAGAACCACUUUGACAUGUACCAGUGAAAGCUUUGUAAUAACAAAUUGAUGUUUAACACUUAUCCAGAGUGUAUUGUAUGUUUUUACUCUGUAAAUAAAUUCCUUUUUUUUAAAUGAAUGAAAAUUGUAGUUUUGUGAAGUAAUGUCUGAGCUUUAGCUGGCACUGCCCAUACAGGCUGUUUGGUUGUAAUGUUGUACAGCACCGCUGAUGUUCAGUGUCCAGCUGGUUGACAUUUGCACUGAUGUUUUGGCACCUAAAUCCUGUCCCUGCUGUUCAUUUGGCUCUAUGGUCGACUCAUGUUUCCUGGAAAGAUUCCCCCCUGCACAAUUACACAAACAGAAAACAUGUUUGUAAGUAAAAAAUCAAGCAGUUUUCAACUUUGGUACUGCUAAAAGUGUUGUCAUUAUUAAACAAAUCUUUAUUUUGU